CUUCAAUAACCUCCCCAUCCACCUCCCCUUUCUCUUUGACAGACCAAGGAACAACAUGUGUUGGGCUUUGUUGCUAGGAAUGGAAGAAGCUUGAGUUACAUUUCCAUUUGCAGGGGUGCUAAAAUUGUACUUUCAAGGUCUCUACCCUUCUCAAAAUGAGAUUGAAAUUGGCCAGUAUGUUACUUAGGGAGCUUACUUGCAGUUCUGUCUCUGAAACCUCUUUCCCAUAUGAAACAAGUAUUCUGUUAAAAGAAGCUGACACGAAAAAUCAAGCAAUUUUAGCUAUUUAACCACAAGAGCAAUCAUGAGUUGCAAUUAAUUUAUAUUUAGUCAAACAAGCUUAACUAAGCACGAUAUCUAGACAAAGAAGAUUCAAAGUAGGUGUAAUGCAUUCUCAUGAAUUUUUAUGUCAGUUUUCAAGGUUACAGCUGAUUUGUUUCACCUGUUUUAUCUCAAAGAUAUGCACUGAUUAACAGGGAAGGUGACUUUGAUAUGAGAAAUACCAACUUGUAAUAUACAGAAAAUAGUGAAAAUGACAUUAAAUGACCAGUUGCAUAUUUGUUUAGGGUCGUUUUUUUUUGGGUUGGUUUUUUUAAGAAAAUGUAAAUCAAACUAAUGGUUUGCUGCCACUUUCCCCUGAUUGAUAAGUGACUCAUAUUCCCUCUGAAAUGGGUAUGAUAACUGAUGGUGGGAAUUUCCCAGUGCCCUGGAUUGUGUUUUAACAGCAACACCUCAAGAAAUCCAGUACGUGCAUAGAGCCCCAGUCUGCUGGGAUGGGUAGUGUUGUUCUCCUGCUUCACCCAAAACGGUGUGAGGACACUGAGUCACCAUGCCCUGCUGGCCUCCUGCCAUGCUUAAGUUCCUCUGCUGUGUUCCCUGAGCAUGGGUGAUUUCCCUGCCUGGGUGGAGCGGGGCAGCAAAGAUGUGGAAUGGUAAUUGCAGAGCUGGCUGCUAAUGACAAGCACAGGUAUUUUGAAAAACAAUUUGACUUGUCAGAACAGAUGCAACUGCCCAUGUUUCUGCACUGUAGAAACUCACAUGCUGAAUUUUUAGACAUAAUGAGAAGAAACAGAGAUAGAGUUGUAGGAGGGGUGGUACAUUCUUUUGAUGGCACAAAGGAACAAGCAGCAGCUCUAAUAGAUUUGGAUCUUUAUAUUGGAAUAAAUGGCUGUUCACUGAAAACAGAAGCCAACUUGGAAACACUGAAAACAAUUCCUAGUGAACGAUUAAUGAUAGAGACUGAUGCACCUUGGUGUGGAGUGAAAAAUACUCAUGCUGGAUCAAAAUACAUUAAAACUACAUUUCCUACAAAAAAGAAAUGGGAAAAGGGGCACUGCUUGAAGGACAGAAAUGAACCCUGCCAUAUAAUAUUCAGGAUCGACUUCAAGGCCAGGCCAUGCCUGUCACUCCAGUUAGCAGUGGAGGCACAGGAUGAGCACCAGGCUGCUGCAUUCACAUGUAAAGCACUUCAAGCUACAGCUGGCAGUUCAGGAGGGUCGGACACAUCCAUGGCAUGCACUUUGCUGCUUCACCAGAAAGCUGAGCAGUGUUGCCUUUUGUUCCACAUACGCAAAUGCUAUAGCAUUAAGUCUACCAACCUACAUUUUUGUUAUUUUUUAAAAAACACAACCUACUAUUUUUUUGCAAUAAAGCUCUGCUAAUACUGAAUUUGUAAGUAAA